UGAAAAGAAAGAAAAAAAAAUGUGCCUCAUUUUUCUUUGGGGAUACUGUUUUGUUUUUACAGGGGAACCUUCUUACUAUUCUCUUCUUUGCAGAGACUCUCUUUACUCUUUUUCCUAAGAUCCUUUUUUUUUCCAGGAACCUCUUUUACCGAUUAACAUAUUAAAUAUUUCUCUUCCUAUCUUGAAUUGUGUUAUGUUAAGAGCAAAUAUCACAAAGCAAGCCCCAUCAGUCGAAGAGUUUUCGGAUUUAGAGUAAGAACGGAUUCUUAGAAGAAGUUCAUCUUCAAUCAUAACUAGUAGUUUGAAUGGUAAACAGGUUUUAGCCUUUGAAUUUGAACAAUACAAUAUAGUCAAUUUUCAUCCAUAGUACCGUGCUCUAUAGGUUAUCCAUAUCCUCCGUUACGCCCACUCAGAUAAGAUUCAGGAAGGUCCCCAUUUUCUUCACAAUAGAGAUAGUAACAACCAGUCCAGUCCUAACAAAUUUUCCCUCUUAUUAGUAGUACGUGUUCCAUCUACGGCUCUGUACAACUGUCGACUGAAGCACAUUUCUUUAUUAGUAUUUCAACAAAGCAAAAAUGGGGAAUCGAUUGUCUAUGGAAAGGAGAAAAAUAAACAACAUCUAUGAAAAGUUACGCUACCGAAGAACAUACAAGAAAAGUGAUGUAUCAUUACACACUUAUUACGAGAUUUCAGAACGAGAUCCAGAACGAGCAGAAAAUUCUUUUUGGUCUUUAAUUGAAACUGAUUGGAAACACGUGGAUGAAGUACCUGUCCAGCAGAAUAGGACUUCAGACGACGCGGAGGAAUUAACAAUGACAAACCAUGGAGAGUGUUGUACUAAUCAACGCUUCGUCGAAUAUGAAAACGAAAAUGCUGAAAAAGUCGUGAACGAACUGGGAAAUAACACAGAACAUAUCAAUUAUUUUUCAGAAGAAGCUGUCUUAAACUAUACAGACAAACUUAAAACAGAUGACUACAUUAAAAAGUGGCUUGACACCGUGGAGAAAUCGUGUUUGUGUUAUUCUCAUAAAAAUUCUACUUCGAACUCUAAAGUACUACAGACUGGAGUUGAAUGCACGGUGGAGUCUAAUAUAGACUAUUCAGUAAUUAAUUUCCACGAGUGUAUUAGAGUAUACGAAGAGCUAUCUAUAAGAGAUCAAAAAGAAAGGAUGGACAAUAUCUGCUCAUCAAAAGAGGCCAAUUGGAAUCAUCGAGAUCAAGUUUCUGCUCUUGAUGCACUAACAACCACCAACAAUGAUUUACAAAAUGAAUGGACAACAGUAUACCAAGGAGAACAGGCAUUUCAACAUAGAAUUCCUCGCCUGCUGCAUCGUAAGACUUCACAUGGCCGAAAGGGAUCAAUCACAAACAAUGAUGGAAAAAAAAUAAUUCGCAGUUUCUUGGAAUAUAAAGGAAAAGACAGUGAGAUAAUCGUAAAGGAAUUAAUAGACGAAACAGAGCAUCUUAUGCUAUCCUUUGAAGAAGAUAAUUGGAGACAAGUAGAUAAAGUUCCUCUCAUAAACAGUAAGGCAUUGCAAAAAUUAAUUGAUGAAAAUCAGAAACAUUACAAAAUCCGGAGUUUCGUAGAAUAUAAAGGAAAAGAUAUCAAUUGAUCAAAGUGAAAUUGAAGUAUACAUCUUACCUUAACAUUUCAUUUAAAUUCAACUACAAUUUUUAUGCUGUACAUAUUUAAUAAAUAUCAAUAAUAUCUGAAUUUGGUAAAAAAUCAUUGUAUUUUAUAAUA